CGGAGGGAACUUCCGUUCUUUGUUCUGUCCCCGGUGUGUGGGUCUGUGACAGGGUCCGACGGGGCCUGGUCGGUGUCCGGCGCCCCAGAUCUCCCGUCCCUGCCCCCAGGUGGGACUGAACACCGACCGGUGUUUCCGUUCUGAAGGGCAUGUGUAAACUCCAGGAGAGGAUAAGCAGGAUGCUGAACCUAAAGUCUGUGGGAUAGCUAGAGGAACUGAAGUCCUACAUUAGCAUUGGCAUCAACUAAAGUCAGAAUUCCCAAGAACUUGAACAGAGGCUGCCAAGUUCCCAAUAAUUGAUACUCUGGCCUUUUAGAGACCAACUCCAGAGAAGGAAGGAAAGAAUCCAGGAGUGCUUCCUCAUUCUCAUUCAAAACCUGCUUCCUGCUGACUCUGCAAAUAGGAGACCAGAGGUCCGAGCUUCAAGCCCGACCCAUGGAAACUCAGGCUGAUCGAGUAUCUCAGGAACCUCAGGCCCUGCUUGAGAGUGCUCUUCCUUCCUCAAAAGUUCCUGCAUUUUCCGACAAGGACAGUCUGGGGGAUGAGAUGUUGGCAGCUGCACUGCUAAAGGCCAAGGCCCAGGAGUUGGUGACCUUUGAGGACGUGGCUGUGUAUUUCAUCCGGAAGGAGUGGAAGCGUUUGGAGCCUGCUCAGAGGGACCUCUACAGGGAUGUGAUGCUGGAGAAUUACGGGAACGUGUUCUCCCUGGAUGGUGAGACCAGAACUGAACAUGAUCCAGAAAUUUCUGAAGAGACAGGAUCACACGGGGUGCUAUUGGGAAGAUUCCAAAAGGAUAUUUCUCAGGGUCUUAAGUUUGAAGAAGCCUAUGAACAAGAAGUCAGUCUGAAGAGGCAGCUGGGGAGCUCCUCUGGAGAGAGACUGAAUAGGAAGAUACAGGAUUUUGGUCAAGUGACAGUUGAGGAAAAGCGAACCCCCAUGGGAGGGAGAAGUGAGAAAUACAGCGAUCUGGGGAACAGCUUCACUGUGAGUUCCAACCUUAUUUCCCAGCAGAGACUUCCUGUGGGAGACAGACCCCAUAAGUGUGAUGAAUGUAGCAAGAGCUUUAAUCGAACUUCAGACCUUAUUCAGCAUCAGAGAAUCCACACCGGGGAGAAACCCUAUGAAUGUAGUGAGUGUGGGAAGGCCUUCAGCCAGAGCUCACAUCUUAUUCAGCAUCAGAGGAUCCACACUGGGGAGAAACCUUACGAAUGUAACGACUGUGGGAAGACCUUCAGCUGCAGCUCUGCUCUCAUUCUCCACCGGAGGAUCCACACUGGAGAGAAACCCUAUGAAUGUAAUGAGUGUGGGAAAACCUUCAGCUGGAGCUCCACCCUCACUCACCACCAGAGAAUCCACACUGGAGAGAAACCCUAUGCCUGUAACGAGUGUGGCAAGGCCUUCAGCAGGAGCUCCACCCUUAUUCAUCACCAGAGAAUCCACACUGGAGAGAAGCCUUAUGAAUGUAACGAGUGUGGGAAGGCCUUCAGCCAGAGCUCACACCUCUAUCAGCACCAGAGGAUCCACACUGGAGAGAAGCCCUAUGAAUGUAUGGAAUGUGGAGGGAAGUUUACCUAUAGCUCAGGCCUUAUUCAGCAUCAAAGAAUCCACACAGGGGAGAAUCCCUAUGAAUGUAGUGAGUGUGGGAAAGCCUUUAGGUACAGCUCAGCUCUUGUUCGCCACCAGAGAAUUCACACUGGAGAGAAGCCUUUGAAUGUAAUGGGAGUGAGCAAAAGUUCUCUCCGAGUUACUGCUGAAUUAAAUAUCAGAGAGUCUACGUGAAAGAGAGCCACACGCCUGUUUUCCUCACUUCCUCUGAGUUUCAAGAGCUCCUGCCUUACUAUAUAAGUAUGAACAAUUUGGGACGUGUCCCUUCCGACUCCAUCCUUUCGCCUUAGAGAAUGGGGCAUAUUGGGCAAAUCAUCCUGGCACAGUGGUUAGCAACCUAGUCAGUUUUCCCAGGAAUGACACCAGCCUUGAAAAAUUAGGGUGCAAGCAGCAGAUUAAGUGCUGGGAGUAGAGGGAAGCUCUGGGACCAGUCUCCUUCCGUUUGGGAAGGGAGUUUGCACUAGAUCAUUUUUCUCACACCAUUUCCAAGGUGGGGAUGGAAGCACAAUAGGAAUAAAAUUCCAAGGAUUCCUCUAAUUGGAGUCAGCAUAGUCAGCACAGAAGAAAGUGGAAAGAAUGUUCUGGGUUGUGUUUUGCUAGAAAGGAGAAAUGGAGGCUGUAUUUCAAAGCCACUGCUUCUAAUCCAGCUUUAAAUUUUGAUAAGGAAUGUGCUAUUUUGUUUCAUGACUCCAUUAACUAUGGGAAUCUGGUGCUGAGGGAUUUGUUAUUUUGUUGGGCAUGGGGGAAGACCCCAAGAGAGGUUUUCUGUAGUGACCGUAUAUCCUUCAGGGCUCUUGGAGCAGCAAGACCAAGUUUCCAAGAGCAGUCUGACGAUUUGGGUGGAGAACUCACUCUUCCCUUUUGUGACAGUGAGUCUAACAUGAGGGAGAGGAUCAAAAGCAUUUAGCACUGGCCUCUGUCUCUUUCCCUCCCCUCUCCCUCUUCCUCCUGCCACUCCUGUGAUGGAAAGUGAUUUAAUCUAAACCCCUAGCAACUAAGGACACUUAGGAUCUCGCUCAGCCAGCUUGCCCUGCCCUCUGAUACCGAUGACCUCUGACAUCUGGCCCCAGCAGCCCGAUCUCUCCCGACCCCACCUCUGACUUCAACAGCCAAGUGUGAAUGCAGAGAGCACAGCCCAGAGGAGGAAGCUCAGGUCUGAGCCUGGCAUCAGGGCUCCUUGCUGGCUUAGGAUGGAGCUCCCCGAGUUUUCCCAGCUGAAGGGAUGACCUGUCAUUAUAUUUUCCAAAUCCUGCUCAUCCUGUAGCAUAAAUCAAAUGCACUAUUAAACAGAAUAGUUUUGCAGAAGGACAGAUGGAGUGUGUUUUUGUGCAGGGGCCAAAUUUAUUUCGGUUUAAACAAGAAACAUUAGUGACUGUAAAUGGAAUCUUUAAAAAUUAAUCUUUAAAACUUUUUACAGACAGCUAUUUCUCUUCUAGUCUCAAAUCUGUGACCUCUCUCCCUUGACUCUGUCCUUUCCUCUGCACACUGCCACAGACUAUCUCAUUUACACAGCCGCUUACAAAUUCGUACCCACCUUUAGGAUUUCAUGUGCUGCAUGGCAUUCUGUGUUGCACGAUACUUAACACCAGCAACCAAAACUAGAAAGGUGUUUCUCAGUAUGGGGUUCUUGACAAGAGCAUACUUGGAUGUUGGAUAACAGUAGGCAUAUUGAGGGAAUUCCCCAGUGGCCCAGUGGUUGGGACUCGGUGCUCUCAUUGCUAGGGCCCCGGGUUCCAUCCCUGGUCGGGGAACUAAGAUCCCACAAGCAGCAUGGCUUGGCCAAAAAUCGCCCCCCCCAAAAAACCCAACAGGCAUAUUGAGAUUUCUUGGUUUGGCUCUUGGUGGGAGGCUACAGUCAUGGAGAAGGCUGAGAUGAAAGUCUGAUGGAAAAGACGAGGAAAUGUCUGGAACUCUGACCUCUGAAAAAUUUUGGAUCAUAUAUUGUGACUAAUAUGUUUUUAAUUUCUUAAAACUACCAUGAAACUCAUCAUUUUUGGCUCUUCUUUGACACCCACCACAGACUUGAGAUUGACCAAGUGUAGACCAUGAACUAUCAUAGCAGGGUCACGAGGCUGCUUGUUAGUAAUGCAGGUGUCUGAGCCCCAAGUCAGACCUAUAAAGUAUAAUUCCCGAGGGUAGAGCCUAAACAUUUACACUGAGAAGGAAGAAAUAGUAAGGAAAUGGAGGAAAUUUCUAAGAAACCUGAGCUAGGCCUUAUAAGACCCGUGUGUAAAGGAGAGGAGGUUCCAGGCAGGACAGUUUGGGGUGGGCCUGAGCCUGGCUGCUCAUGUGCAGGUUCAACCGUGAAGCUCUGGGAAAGGCCCCUGAACAGGUGUCUGAACUGCUGGGUGAUGGACAGUCACUGCACAGCAGGGCUCAGCCUUCUGACCACCCCCGACCCCGACCC